AAUCGCUGCAGACGAACGAAGAAGACGACUAACGUAUACAGAGGCGAUAUGAGCAAGAAGAAGCAGCCGCAGUUGCCGUCGCAGGGGAAGCCGGAGAUCGAGAAAGUGAAGAAGAGAGUGAGAUUUGCAGAUACGGAACCGGUGAUAAUCGCCAUUGACAGAGAGGAGCGGAGUACAGAGGAGGAAACAGAGAAGAAAGUGGUUAGAAUUACGGUGAAAUUGACGAAGCAAGAAGCGAAUCGGAUGCUUUCGAGAUGCUCCAAUGGCGGCGUUCUAGAAUUCGGAGAUGUUGCGAGUGAGCUCAUGCGGAUUCCUGCGGCUCGCGUUAGCUCUUCUAUGGUAGUCAAUUGAAUUUUCCCCUCUUAUGUUCUUCUUGGAGAACUUCUAGGGUUUUCGGAAA